AUGAUUUUCUUCUUGAGUGUUUGUGUAAGAGAAUGGCAAGACGAUGUUGUAUUUGAUAUUUCGGAUAGUAGUGUUAGUGUCCUCGAUGUCCUAUCUAAAAAUGUAAAGUUAUCGCCAGGUAGUCUUCCAAAUAGUAUUGAAAAUAUAUCUAUAUGUAGCUCUUUCAAUGCGCAUGUACUGCCAAAUAGUGUUAAAACAAUGACUGUCGAUUGUCACAAUCAAGAGUUUCUACCUGGAUUGUUCCCUCAUUCUUUGGAGUCACUGACACUCUAUAUGUAUGAUAAUCCACUCAUGGAACACUCACUACCACACAAUUUGAAAUCACUGCAUUUAGGAACUUACCAUGCUGAACCUCACAGGGUUGAUAUUGGAAACCUACCUCGAUCACUUGAAACCAUUCAAUUCCAUUAUAGUUUUGCUGAACAAAUCGAGAACAUACCGAUUCUCUCUCAAUUUCAAAGACUGACAACACUUAUUGGAUGUCAUUUCGAGUGGAUCGGUUCACUGCCACCCUCGGUCACCACCCUUAGAUUUACUACUUGCUAUCUCAAUUCCGAGUAUAUUAAGCCAGGUGCUAUUCCAUCGACCAUCACCGAUCUCGACUUUGGUGGCAUGAGAUAUUUCAAUUUACAACCUGGAAGCAUACCAUCUAGUGUCUCAAAGUUAUCACUUGGUUACUUUGAACAUAGUCUCGAGCCUGGUGUCAUUCCAAUUGGUGUCAUCUAUUUGGAUCUCUCCCAUGCAGCCCGUGAUUUUUCAGCUGAAUCGAUACCAAACACCGUAGAAUCUUUGAAAUACUUGAAUUAUUCAUAUUCUGAAGAGUCGAAAUUUUUAGGUAUUCUUUCACUGCCAUCGAUAAAGAAGCUUUUCUUCUAUGCAGACAUAAAGAUAAGCAUAUUCCCACCGUAUUUGGAAUCACUUAAACUCUCUGGAAAUGGUGUUCCUUUGUUGUACUCAUCAUUACCACCGACAUUAAAGAAACUCUCACUAAAUAAGAUUUUGUUUGUCAAAGAUACUUUGAAUGAAACUCCUAAUCAACCGAAAAGAUUGCUUAUGAAAGUGGGUCAAUCAUAUUUUAACAAUUCCACACUGGAAGAUCUACCACUAUCAGUAGAAAUCAUCAAAAUUCAUUUGAAUAUAGAACUUCGAAGAUUUAACAAAUCGACUACUUUCAUUGGCUACAAUCGAGAGUAUCCUAUAAGUGGUGGAUUUAUAAAGUCAACUUAUAACUUAAGAGAUUUAAUUUACGACAAGGAAUUUGAUAAAUGCGUUAAUAAUGAUAAAAUAUCCACUAUCAUUAAAUAA